AUGCGCUGGGCCUGCAGCCACCGGCUUUUGUUUUUCUCAUCAAAGAGAUAUAUUUGCCACUUUCCGCACAAACAUGGCACCGAACCAGCUGAAGCUCUCGACUCGUCGACCGAGCUCUGGACGAUGCCGACCUCAAACCACCAGCGCCAGCAACGACGUGCCACGGCUCGCCGCGCCGCUGUUGCGACCGACGACGUGCCCGACGCCGUCCCGCGGCCGAAAGGAAGAGGCCCGCGCAACCACUUCUGGGACCCGCGGCCGCCGGGCGUGCGGCGGCACAACGAGUCGAACGAACCGAACCAGCGCAGAGCGGCGCGUCUCGCGAGCGCCCGCGGCCGCCACGCCGACGCCGUCCGCGGCCGACGGUGGUCGCGAAUCAACGCGGCGCGGUGCAACGAGGCCAAGUCCUUCCAGGCUCCCGCCAGCAGCGCCUCGUGGCGUGGGCUGCACGGCCCUUCGAGACGGCCCGGGGGGCGGACCGCUGGACCAUUGGCCCGCGUGCCAGGCGUCCGGGACGGCCGGGUAUCGGCUCCGUACUUUGAGCCCUCUUGGGCCACCCUCGCGUCCACCGGCCGGCAGAGCACCGCUUGGGCGACUCAGACGGCCCGCCCGGCCAGCGCGUUCGAUCGGGCGCAAGGCGGCACGGCACGUUCAGCGCUUGCCUCAGCCCACCUCGCCUUCACGCCCGCCACCGCGACCAAGGAGGUGGCCUCGGCGGCCCAGAUGAAGCCCGUGCGGCUCGUUUGGGAGCCGCAUGCCGUCCCUCUCUCGCCGGCGCUGCUCACCACGCCCAAGCCUACGCCGAGGAACCCGUCGCGCCCGUCGCUCACGAGCUGGUGGCUCGCAUCGACCGAGCCGUCCAGCUUUCUCACGCCCUGCCCACGAUCAAAUUCGAGACGACCAACAUCCGACCACAAAAAAGGCCCGCGCGUGCUGCGCGGGCCGGCGAGCGACUAG